GAGUAGUACUUAAACGUAGCAUACGACGUCGUACAGCAGACUCGGAAAAGCAAAGGGAUGCAGCGAGACAGAACAAGUAACGCCGGCGGGGCUGAAAAGCCCGACCGGGAGGCCGCCAUAAUGUCGAAAUACUACGAUGGAGUUGAAUUUCCUUUCUGUGACGAGUUCUCCAAAUAUGAAAAAAUGGCCAAAAUAGGACAGGGUACUUUUGGGGAGGUGUUUAAAGCAAAGCACAGACAGACCGGGAAGAAGGUUGCACUGAAGAAAGUUUUGAUGGAAAAUGAGAAAGAAGGAUUUCCAAUCACAGCAUUGAGAGAAAUCAAGAUCCUACAGCUGCUCAAACAUGAGAAUGUGGUUAAUCUGAUUGAGAUCUGCAGAACCAAAGCUACUCAGUUCAAUAGGUACAAAGGCAGCAUCUACCUGGUGUUUGACUUCUGUGAGCACGACCUGGCUGGACUGCUGAGUAAUGCCAAUGUAAAGUUCACCCUGGCAGAAAUCAAGAAGGUCAUGCAGAUGCUGCUUAAUGGACUGUACUACAUCCACAGAAAUAAGAUCCUUCACAGAGACAUGAAGGCUGCCAAUGUGCUCAUCACCAGAGAUGGUGUCCUGAAGUUGGCUGACUUUGGUUUGGCUAGAGCCUUCAGUCUGGCUAAAAACAGCCAGGGAAACCGCUACACCAACCGCGUGGUCACACUCUGGUACCGACCUCCAGAGCUUCUGCUAGGAGAGCGAGAUUACGGCCCACCCAUUGACCUGUGGGGAGCAGGCUGCAUCAUGGCAGAGAUGUGGACAAGAAGUCCUAUCAUGCAGGGCAACACAGAGCAGCACCAGCUCACGCUUAUCAGCCAGCUUUGUGGCUCCAUUACUGCAGAGGUGUGGCCUGGCGUAGAUAAGAAAUAUGAGCUGUACCAGAAGAUGGAGCUUCCUAAAGGACAGAAGAGGAAAGUGAAGGAUCGUCUCAAAGCCUAUGUCAAAGACCCAUACGCUCUUGACCUGAUCGACAAGCUCCUGGUCCUUGACCCGGCACAGCGCAUAGACAGUGAUGAUGCACUCAACCAUGACUUCUUCUGGUCUGACCCCAUGCCGUCAGACCUGAAGAACAUGCUCUCCACCCACAACACCUCCAUGUUUGAGUAUCUGGCCCCACCCAGGCGGAGAGGCCACAUGCCCCAGCAGCAACCCAAUCAGAACCGAAACCCAGCUACCACCAGUCAGACUGAAUUUGAUCGAGUGUUUUAGUGGUUAAAGAGGUUUAUGUUUGGACUGUCACUCUUACCUCUCACCCAAUGACAGCUGGGAUAGGCUCCACCCCACCCCAACCCCCGCGACACACACACCCUUAACAGAUAAGCAGUAUAGAUGAUGGAUGGAUGGUUAUGUUGCAGCUUUAUUGUAAAAUUUGAAAUUAAAUUUUCACCCAUCAAUCUACACUCCACCCCAUGACAAAGCAAAAACUGAAUUUUUGAUUUUUUUAAAAUAAAUUUAAUAAAAAGAUAAAACUGAAAUAUGAUUCAUCAUUCUCAUUGACAUAAGUAUCCACUUGAAAUUUAACUCUGGUUCCUCCUAGGCACACACCUGUCUAUAUAAGGUCUCACAGCUGACAAAUUAUGUCAGAUCAAAAACCAAGGCAUGAGGUUGAAGGAAUGCCUGCAGAGGGCAGAGGCAGAAGUGUGUUGAGGCACAGAUCUGGGGAGGACUACAAAAAAUUAUUCAGCAUUGAAGAUGAGCACUAUGGUGUCCAUAAUUCUUAAAUUGAGGAUGUUUGGAACAACCAGGAGUGUUGCACCUGUUCAAGCUCAGUGUCUCUGAAGACUAGGUAUUCUGGGUUGGUCAUAGGUACAUAGGUAAUUUGGAAGUAUUGGCCUCUUUUAAAAGGUCACUUCCUCCAGAAGUUGAUGACUGCUGAAUUUCAGCAGCAGUAUCCACCUAAAAUACAUUUACACAAACAUUUUAUAGAAUAACUUUCUGUCAUAGUCUGUGCCUACUUGUUAGUUCAAUGAACAUGCAUUAUCUUUCUGUGGAUUAAAAUGAAUUGCAGAAGC